AUGACAAAUGAUCCCUUGGCAACCGUUUUCCAGCUGGUGGAUUCCGUUGUGGAGGUGUACUUGAGCACUGUCAUUCAACCCUUUUUGAAGUUCCAUGAGAUUUUUUACAACCAACUCAAUGUGGUCUUGAGAACCUUCAUGGACACCAACAAGGACAAAAUUCCCGAUUGGUGUACGGCCAAUUUCAUCACCUAUGCGAGAACCGUUCUCGUGGUGCCCUGCAUGAUUUUCAUUUCCUGGGGAUGGUACUUGUUGCCGAGCUUGAUUGUCUUGCUGGUGGAUUUUGGAGAUUUUCUCGAUGGCGUUGCGGCGCGAUUUUGGAUUGAUGUGUUGAAGGAACGCCAAGAGAAAAAAGAAGAUGGUGGUGACAAUAAUAUUACAAAGCGACCCAGUUCACCCACUUCGGAUGCUUCAUUUGAAUUUGUGUCCAAGGGGUCUCCUCACGUGAUCGAAGCAUGGGGUGUGAAUCAUCGGGCCAAAACCUAUGGAGGAUUUGUGGAUGCUGUUUGCGACAAAGCCUUUGUGGUACCCUGCUGGAUUAUGCUGUUGCAUCAAGUCGCCAAUGCUGGAUACUUUCGGUGGAUUCAAUACUUUAUUCUCUUUUGGCUCAUUCUUGCAGAAGUUUCCUCGGCUUGCAUCCGGUUCCGUGCCUAUUACACUUCGACCGGAGUCGCUUCUCCCAAAGUGGAAGGAUUCGAUUUUUCCACCAGUGCGGUCAAAGCAGAUCACGUCGGAAAAGCCAAACAAACAUUUGAAAUGGUGGGAACCGCACUCUACGUAAUACCGUUGACAACCUACUUUGGAUUGGCGUUGCUCUCCUUGGCCGUGCCAUUGGCCUACGAAUCCGUCCGACGCAAAGUGAAAAAGAGAGUCAUGUAUGUUCUUGCCGACAAUGAUGCAUUGGAUCACAAGGUCAUCAAAUUCUGGAUGCAAGCCAAGGGAAUGGGAUCCAAGCUCAUUGUCGGAGUCACGGAUCCCAAAAAGGCCGACAUGAUCUUGAAUGCAUGCUCCACGGCUUGUGUCGAUGAAGUCAUUGCCGAGGCGCCUGCCAAAGCGGACAAAAAGUUCUUGGAACAAUAUGAUAUUGCCUAUGUGUUGUCCUUGUCGGCACAAGCUCCAUUUGUCACAGAUGAGGUUCUCCAUGCAGACUGCUGUCUUGUCAUUGGCGAUGACGCCGUUGUGCGCCCAUUGAAACCCAAGACAGAGCACACCGACUAG